GGGAAGGGACCCUCUGAUGACUGUGUCAGUGUUGCUGCUGAGGCUGAUAAUGAAGAUGCUGAUAUGGUGAUGGAUUCCAGAAGUGAAGACGGUGGUAUGGCUCCUGUGGUGGAGAUUAGCAGCGCUGUUGAUGAGGAACACACCUGUGAGAAUCUCGAAGUUAGUUUGACUGCUGAGUCAUUAACUGAUGAUGAUGAUGAUGAGGAUGAUGUUAGCGAUGAUGAUGAUAGUGAAGAAGGAAACUACGCGGAAGGUAUUUGGAGUCAGACAGACGUCAUUUUGAGUGAUGAGAGGCCGAACGUUUGUGGUUCUCCUGUAUACGGCGAUGUUUUUCCUCUCCAAGGUCAUGGUCUCAAAGACAGCUGACUCUACAUGGAAG